AUGGCCAAGCGACUAAGGAGUCUGGCAGACAACGAGAUCGCCCGUGCACUUGAGGAUGAUACUACAAGUGAAGAUGGUCUCGACUUUGACGACGACAGUUUGGCUGACCCUGAUUUCGACCCAGAUUUUGGCGAGUUGAAUGAAGGGUCUUUGGGAGAUGGAAUUGACAUAGAUGAUUUGGUAGACUACUUGAGCGAUGACGAUCGUAAUUUCAAUCCUGAGGAAGAAGUAGAACCGAUGAUUAGCAGCUUAGACACUCCAAAUACCUCAGGACCUUCUAUGAAACGUCGAAAGCCUGAAAAGCUAACACUACUCUGGAAGAAAAAGAAUCUAGAGCUAAAUGAGCAACAGCUGGCUUUCACUGGUAACGAGUCAUUGCGUUCUGAUAUCUUGGAUCUCGAGGCUCCUAUAGACUAUUUCUUGUAUCUAUUUCCACCUGAACUAAUAAGGAAAAUUUCUGAAGAGACAAACCUUUAUUUGAUACAGAAAAAUGCGAACAAUACUUUUCAUGUAUCUGAGAUAGAAAUACGACAAUUUAUAGGUGUCGUUUAUCUCAUGUCACUAAUUCAGCUACCUCGGGUGACUAACCAUUGGGGCUCCAUCCUGGGUACAAACGUAAUUCAAGACACUAUGCCUUCUAGUAAAUUUGAAAAGAUUAGGCAGCAUCUUCAUUUCAACGACAACUCAAAGUGUCUCCCAAGGAGCCAUCCUGACGCCGAUAGAAUCUUCAAAAUUCGUCCAGUCGUUGAUGCCUUGAACAAGGCAUACGCCAAAGUUCCGCUAGAAAUACGUGUUUGUGUAGAUGAGCAAAUAUGCUCUACAAAAGCGCGAAAUAUGCUAAAACGAUAUAACCCUAAGAAACCUCAUAAGUGGGGAUACAAAUUAUUUGUUUUGAGUGGUGUUUCCGGUUUCGCUUAUAAGACAGAGAUAGAAACAGGUAAAGAGAAUGUUGUCGGAGCCGACGAGCCAGAUUUAGGAGCAUCUUCAAACGUCGUAGUAAGAUUAUCGCGUAUGAUUCCACGACAACAAAACCACAGGAUCUAUUUCGAUAACUACUUUACAUCUUUGCCUUUGUUGGAAUAUUUAGCAAAAGAAGGUAUUCUUGCGUUAGGCACUAUUAGAAGAAAUAGAAUUCCUGACUGCAAACUGUCGACAGAGAAAGCCAUAGUAAAAAAAGAUCGAGGAUAUUCAGAAGAAUAUGUGUCUACUAUUAACGGUGUCGAUAUAUCAACAGUUGUUUGGAAGGAUAACAAACUUGUUACAUUGGCUUCCACGUUUGCUGGCCAAAAUCCUAUAUCCGAAGUCCGAAGAUACGACAAAAAGAACUCGAGGUAUAUAAAUAUCUCACGGCCGAAUGUUGUUGGCGAGUAUAACCGACAUAUGGGCGGUGUGGAUCUUAUCGACAGCAUUAUGGGCAUCUACAAGAUACGACGAGGAGUAAACGUUGGCAGAUGCGCCUGUUCUAUCACUACUUAG